CAGCGGAGAGGCAAGCAUCAGUAGGGGACCACUGGUGAGCACACAAUCACAGAUCUUCCGAAAAAACGAUUGCAAAAGAUGAUGAUGAUGAUGAUGAACCUGACUUCCCUGUGUGUGAGUUGUGUGUGCUGUUUGUUGUCUGCAGAGGAUGGCGUCAGGUGGCCGCAGGCUGGUCGGCCUCACUGUGUGGGGCGACGGGAAGGUCUACGAGUCCCUUGACAGGCCGGGGGAGCUGUCCUUCGACGUCAUCGGCGGGGGCCCCGACGGCCGGCCGAUGGAGGUGCUGCUGGGCGACGAUGACAAAGGGGUCCGCUUCUUCGACCUGAGCACCGACCCUCCUAAGCUUCUGCCCAUCGGAGAGAGGCCACGAGACCGGUGAGAAGCAAACUCUGUCAACUCACACCUUCGCUGUGGAUGGCCUGUGUGUGUGUUUGUCAGGGUCGGCAAUGAGCUGGUCGUCGGCAAGACGCGCCUGGCGGGUCAGUUCUACACCAAGGAGGGCGGGUGCACCAUCGUCCAGGUACGCAGCAGGAUGACAGCCGACAUGACUGACUGACAUGCCCUGCACUCGGACGGGUCUCAUUUCCCUGGCUCAGAUGUCGAAGGAGGAGUUCAUGGACGACCGCCGGUGGCGCCAGUCCUUCACGGACGAGCAGUGGGAGAGGUUCUGUGCAGCGGUGAGCAGUCGUACGGUCUCACUGAGCUUUGCCGUAUGCACACCUUCUCUCUCCCUCCCUCCCUCGUGUGUGUGUGUGUGUGUGCGUGUGACACAGAAGGAGGAGAAGAGAGAGAACUUGAAGAAAUCCCAGAAGGUCGAUCAGGAGUUUGCCGAGCUGAUUGCCAAAAAGAUCGCCGAGGCCAAGAGUCGCAACCCCGCCAGCAGCCCUUAGUAUUGGGGGCUUUGUGCAGUCAGCGGGUCAGCGGCAGACACACGUGGCGACUUCGAUUCAUCAUCAAUGUGUGGUUUGUACGAUCGAUGAGACCCCGCGACCACACACGGUGCCUCUCCCUCCCCUCGAUAGGUCAAGGUAGAUAGCAGCCAGAUGCGUGCAGGCAUCUGCGUGAUUGAGGGAGGGAGGGAGGGGGGCGGGUGGAUGUGUAGAUAUGUGGACGGCUGUGUGCAUGCGGAUGCGCGUGUGAGUGUGUGUUGUUCAUCGAUGUCUGGUUGGCUGACUAACCGACUCACUUACUGACUGACUGUGGUUGCCCUGCAGCGUUCCGUUCGUCAACCAUGUGUGC